AUGGUAGUCAAGAACGAGACCACGAGGAAUGGGCACGAGCUGGCUCCGCUGAACGAGAACCGUCAGCCCGGGCAGAACGUGACGAUCGUCGUGACUGGCACGCAAAAUGCCGCCGCGGGACAGGAGACCAAGGAGGAUAACAGGGCGGCAUGGAGCGGGAAGAUGCAGUUCUUCCUCAGCAUCAUCGGGUACAGCGUGGGCCUCGGGAACAUAUGGAGGUUCCCUUAUCUGUGCCAACAGAAUGGAGGAGGUGCCUUUCUUAUCCCUUUUUUCGUGAUGCUAAUCCUGGAGGGCGUGCCCCUAUUUCUGAUCGAGCUGGGUCUCGGUCAACGUAUGCGUCAGGGUGCCCUCGGCGUCUGGAACACGAUACACCCUUGGCUGGGCGGCAUAGGGAUCGCCUCGUGUAUCGUCACCUUCUUCGUAGCGCUCUAUUACAACGUGAUCAUCACUUGGUGCUUCUAUUACCUGUUCAACUCGCUCGAGGCCGUCACGAUUAAAUUCGGCGAUCCAUUGCCAUGGGCGAAAUGCCCGGAAGUGGACGGUAAGCCGGUCGAAGAGUGCGUGAAGAGUUCAGAGACCGCCUACUUCUGGUACAGAACAACGCUGGACGCGGCGCCCUCGAUCGAGGCCGGUCAGAGCCUGAAGUGGUGGAUCGUGCUCUGUCUGCUGUUGAGCUGGGUCAUCGUCUUCUUUAUCGUGAUGAAGGGAAUACAAUCGUCGGGAAAGGUGGUAUAUUUUACAUCCAUGUUCCCGUAUUUGGUGCUUACUAUCUUUUUUAUUCGUGGAAUAACGUUAAAAGGUGCCAGCGCUGGAUUGGCCCAUAUGUACACGCCAAAGAUCGAGAAACUGUUAGAGCCGACGGUCUGGCUCGACGCUGCGACGCAGGUAUUUUACAGUUUCGGGCUAGCGUUCGGCAGCCUGAUCGCGUUCGGUUCGUACAACACGCCGGACAACCACUGCGUCCGGGACGUGAUACUGGUCAGCACUUGUAACGCGUUCACCGCGAUUUACGCGAGCGUCGUGAUAUUCGCCAUACUGGGCUUCAAGGCGAUGACGAACGUCGACAAGUGCAUAGCCAGCAACAAAGACAUACUGUUCGAAAACGGACUGAUCUCUCACCUGAACAUCACCAUGGACCAGUACGAAGACGUUGUAAAUAAGUUGAACGUGUCCGCGCUGAACCAAACGCUCGGCAGGUGUAGCCUGAGCGAACAGCUCGACAACGCCGCCGAAGGAACAGGACUGGCGUUCAUAGUGUUCACGCAGGCCAUAGUCGAGCUGCCGGGUGCGCCAUUUUGGUCCUGCAUUUUCUUCAUGAUGCUCCUCGCUCUUGGUCUGGGCUCCCAGAUCGGUAUACUGGAGGGUAUGCUGUGCGUCAUCUUCGACAUAGACCUCUUCAAAAGAAUAAAGAAGCAGUACAUGACAGGCGUUGUCUGUAUCGUCUGCUUCUUCGUCGGCUUGAUCUUCUGCACCGGCGCCGGAGAGUACUGGCUGAAGAUGUUCGACAGUUUCGCAGGCACUAUUGGUUUAGUAAUGGUCGCCCUCAUGGAAAUGCUUUCCGUCGUCUUCAUCUACGGCCAUGAAAAGUUCACUAAGGAUAUCGAGGAAAUGACGGGAUACAGACCGGGAACGUACUGGCAGGUGACAUGGCGGUUCCUAGCUCCCAUAAUCAUGGUGUGCAUUCUUGUGUCCAGUAUAGCCUCCAUGUUCAUCAAGAAGCCUCAGUAUUCCGCGUGGGACGCCACGCAGGGGAUGGCGGUGGCCACCGAUUAUCCGGGCUGGGUGCUGGCCAUAGCGGUCGUGAUCAUUUUCGCGGGCAUCGCGCCAAUACCGAUCGUUUUCUGCCUGAGGCGGUUCCAGUGCGUCAAGCUGGACGUUGACAUCCAUCAAGGAAGCAUACGACGCAUCGACACCACGGUCUCCACCAAGGAAAUGAUGGGCGACGUCGAUCUGGACGAGUAUCACGACAGGCUCGAGGACUUCCCCGAGGAGGACGAGGACAUAAACAGCGACGACGACAACAACAGCGCGCCCCCGAUCACGAAGAUCGUGCCCAACAAGCUGCAGGGCAAGCCGUUCAAGAUGGAGGUGAUGGACUUCUGAGCCGACCGUCGCCUCGCUGGGUCCGCAGCCUCUUCCAGCUCUCCCGGGCCAAGGAGAGACCGGCGAGAAUCGAACAGCGCGUGAAACACCGCGCGCCCGUUGCCGGACACGCCAGGAACGGGGCGAUCGGUGUUCCGCUCCGAAAGCAAUACUUUUAAACUUCCGUCGAAAAACCGCCGCGGCGGGGAUCAGAGCCGCGCGAGGCGAAUUAACGAAAAGAGUAAAAUAUUCAGAGGAAGAGAAAUCGACUAAAGAAACAUAGAACAUACCGGGGAGAAGGGGAAAGAUCAGAGACGACCAACAGCGAACGUUCGGCGUCGCUCGAGAGCCGGUCGAGAACAGGUGUCCGAGCCUCGGCCUCGUCGAUUCGUUCGCUCGACUCUAAGACGAAACGUUUCCGACCGGCCUGAACGUGAUCCGCGACGAUCGUUCGUUUAGAACCACGAUUUCUAUCUUUUCAAUCCGGAGAACCGAUCGAUCGUUCGCUUGUCGGAUCUUUUGGCUAACGCGUUUGCUACCAGCCCGUGCUAAUAUACUUUAUUAUAAAAGACGCUCGGCGAUUGAAUAUUGAUCGGUGUACGUUUAAGAGAUAUUAUUAAUGAUUACUAAAUUAUAGCGAGACUACGUUGUAUUUACGAUAUUAAGAGAACGCGAGUUCGAAAUGUUCCUUAAAUUAAGAUACUCGAGCAAUAAGCUUGUCUGAUUUUCAUCGUGAAUCGAUGGUCUCUGUUACGUUGCGCGCUAUUGUUAUUUACUGUCAUUACGGAUUGAAGUUUUGAUACGCCACAAAUCGAUGCCUCCGCUCUGUUACAUAUUUUGCUAGGGUUCUUUCGAGGGAAGAUUCUUGGCAAUCGUUGAAUGCCCGUUAAUUGCGAGGAACGUCGGCUGGCAGAGACGGCGGUGGCAAACGUGUUAGACAAAACGAACAUCCAGGCGGGUAAUUAUCCACGAAGCAAUCGAGCCGCGUGCACCCGCGCCAAGAUUAGACUUCCUCCCUCGCGAAGAAGCGAGCCGCGCCGACAUCAGUCUCCCUCGUUCUUAUUUAGAGAAAGAGUGCCGUCUGCAUUCAUGUCCCUCGGUGCGAAUCACGCGUUUCAGUCGGUCUUCCGCGUUCUCGAACUUCACUGAAAAUAUACAGGGUGUUAAGAUAUCGUUAGGGGUGGGAGCAGCGCGACGAAAUCGUUCAGACGGAUCUCCGAUCGCUGUAGCUCUGACAAAUCAAAGUAAUCUUUCUGGCGUCUUGUACAGACCACCGCGGUGCAUCUAGUACCUGUCGCUGUUAACACUAGAACUACUCCCAACAAAAUCGCAACGAUACGUUUCUCAAGAUUCGGCCGGUAUCCUCGUGCACGUACAAAUCGACGAAUUUCGUUCGACGGUAUCCACGCAGAAAUAUCUUCAACAUUCAAAAGCUGACUGGUGAAAUUCACGAGAACAAUUUCAAUGAUUUCAACUCGAAUUAUUAUUACGAAAUAAACAUUCCACGGUAGAUCUAGUGUUAAACACGAGGACGAAUGAGUUUCGAUCGUUUUCUCCCUGUUAAAAGCGCAUCGCGACAAUUGUCUCCGUUACGAUUCCGCGUUUACAAAUCAUAUCUCCUGAUACCUAUGGAUCUCGACGAAGUAUUUUCUUAAACGAAAUAUAAAAUAUCUAUAAAAGGAAUCUCGUAAUUCUACGGAUCGAUGAUUCCUUCGAGGAUUGUAGCGUACGAUAGCCGAGUUGCGAGCGAUUCCCUGUCGUACCGGUAACAUUGCAAUAACGUGUCCGUGCCGCGAUGGCAACGAUCGGUUCGCCGCGCGUUAUUUUUCAACCCUGUCGGAAGAUCGACUCGCAGACGGCGCCCACGUUCCUACUGCUUCCAAACCUCAGGGGUAAGAGAAACGAUAGGAGGAGUUGCGAACCGCGAGAAACCUAAGCUAGGGGCGAAUUAGCCAGCUCGUCCAAAUAGCGCCGUACGAGUAGGGCGUAGCGUACGAUAGACGGUACCUCGUUGCGACUACGUAUUCCUAGUGAAUAGUCGGUGGAGACGAUACAGUGCGACCGUGAGCAUGUUCCGCCCUUCAAAGUCACCUAACCGCUUCUACAACCGACCCAACCUUCUCAAAGACGAACAAACAGAAGAAGAAACAAAGAAAUCUGAAAGAACAAAAGAUGUUCGAGCUUCUACAUAGCUGAACCUGUAUUCUACAUUUUAUAUCUAAUUUUCUUAACGCUAGAACUACCAGGUUGUUAAUCUACCGUUUCUUUAUCGUUGAGAUUUCAAUUGACGUAUACCUUAGCUUGCGCAUGAAAUCAAGUUAUUCGGUAAUUUCCAAAGAAUAGCAAUAAUCGCGAUCGAGGAAUUUAGCAAUGGAUCAUUUCGAGAGUUCUAGCAGCGAGAAAUUGGAACGAGCAAGCGGUGAAGUGUCUUUGAACGGGGGCACGUGUGUCCAUUAAAAAACUUCAGAGUUUUAUGUAGUUGAUCAUUGCUUGUUGCUUUUAGAGGAGGAGUCGAACCUAUAGAAACAAUCUGCUCGUACAGAGGCGAACAUGUCCGAGGAACAGCACGGUUUUGUUACCGCGUCGGGUUUCGAGGUAAUUAAGAAUUGUUUCUACAAGUACCAGACCUCCGUCGAACGAACGUUAUUUAUCCUGUUACGACACGCGAGACCGAAGUCACAGCCAGAAGCGAAUUACUUUAGCUACCAUCCGAUUUCACGGGCGAGCUGUACGUUAUCCUCGUCCACCAAGAGUACUUCCGACUCGCUAGAAUCCGAUUACUCGAACGACGAAGCAUAGAGAAAGAAGUUCCGUCGAUUUUGGUGGUCGCGUUUCCGAGGAGCGACGGGUCACAGAAUAUUGUUUUUUUCUCAUCGCCGUACUUAAAGGGGAACGAACGAAGGAAAUGAGUCUCGCGACUUAUCCCUUCGCCGAAGAAGCCGGACGUCCGUCGUUCGACGAACCGGAAAUGGAGAUGACGCUACCCCGGACGCCUGAGCGUUCGAACAGGUACGACGUGAACCGAACACACGAGACGCGACGCUUUGUGAUCAAUUAUUAUGAAACUAUUAAAUUAUUAUAUUACCAUUAAAACCGUUGCGCUUUUCUCUUUCGAUAUUUUCUCGAUUCUCUUUUCUUCGACGAUCGGAGAACCUGGAAAUUACUCGUCUCAUCGAUUCGUUCAUCCUUUCCUUCGACGACCGAAGAACCUGGAAAUUAUUCAUAUCGCUGAUUCGUUAAUCCUUUUCUCUGACGUCUUAAGAACCUAUUAUUAAUCUGACCGAUUCAUUCUUACCGUCCAACGUUAUCCAAGAUAAUUCGUUCAACUGUUUACGACUGCGUCGAUCUAAUUAGACGUUCGAUCAAACCAUUCGGUUCGCGUGUUGAUCAGAGAGUACUUCGCGGUACGUCCUUUAGAAAUACACUAUCUCGUGUGUCCGGUUCGAGUGAACAAUCCGAAAACGAAAGACCGUAGAACACGGCCGCGAUACUCGCGAACUUCCGUCGAAAAUGACGCACGUUUGCUCGACGAGGCCCGGCACGAGUGGCCUCUCGGGAGCAUCGACGGCCAUUACUAAACUGCGGAUCCUCAUGCCAGUUCCCAUUUUCACAGAGCAUUCGAUAGAACCCGGAAUAAAGAAGCUGAUUUCGUUGAUUGCAAGAUUCCCCAUGGUAAAAAUAAACUAAGCAAGAAGUUCGUUAACUUGACAUUGACCACCAGCAGAAUCUUGAACGUUCUAUCGAUUAUUCGUAACGGAGAUGAACAGACACAAUUGUCAACUGUUCGUUGUCACGUUUAAAUUGAUUUCAAUUAGCCAGAAGUGCUGUCGCGAUAAGUCGGAAUGAAAUU